ACACUGUUUUCUUUUCUUUUUUUCUUUUUUUUUUUUUUACUAAAAAAGAAAUUGUUAACUAUUUUUUUUUGUUGUACCAAUAAAAGAAUUAACGCGGUUUUCUUUUAUUCCUCAAUUCAUCGUCAUCCGUUCAUCUUCUAAUUGAUUUCAAGAAUCAGUCUUUCCUUCUUCCUCUGUCAAUCUCCGAUCCAGAGAAGCUUCACAAACACUAAAUCUAUGGGGCAAAAAGAUGAGCCUGCUAUCGGGAUUCCGUACUACAUCGGCCAGAAUCCUUACCAAGCUGGAGCCAUCCCACCAAACGCCGUAUUCGGCGAUCCUAAAGGAAUUCCGAUUCAGCAAACCAUGUAUCGGGACACUCCUGCUCCUUUUAAUUGCACUUUCUGUGGUAAUUCUGGGCUUACUGUUGUCAGAUCAAAGCCUAAUCUGGCAGCUGCUGUUGGUUGUAUGAUGCCAUUUAUGCUUGGGGUUUGCUUUCUUUGCCCCUCAAUGGAUUGCCUCUGGCACAAAUAUCACUAUUGCCCAAGCUGCAAAGAAAAAGUUGCGGACUUUGAGAAAUCAGAUCCUUGUUUAGUGAUGGAUCCUCCCCAGUGGACGCAGCAGAGCUUUGCAUUGCCUGCAUGAGCUGAUAAACCCAUUAUUUUGUACUGUUCCUGGCUGAAACUAUAUAUCCUCAGCCUGUGUCUUGCCAUUGGUUUGCUGGACUUUCUGAGUUACACAGUCUGUGACAAGGAAUUGUAAAGGAUGAUUGGUGGUACAUAUAUAUUUCUAGAAUGGUGUAAAAAACAUCAGUGUUUUUUUUUUUUCAUGAUCUGCAGUCUGUAACAUCUUGAUUCUGAAUGUUUAUUGGGAAAUAACUUUUAUGUAAAAAGCAUUUUUCAAGAAAAUAUUUAUCUUUUGUGCUUU